AUGCAAAUUGAUGGUGGGGUUGAUUUUGUUGCAGGUGGAGAGUCGUCGCCAGACUUUAGUUCCAGUCCUUGGGGACUGGCGGACUUGGUUGAAGCUGAUGAACCGUCGUCAAAGCCCACCGCAGAUGGCCUGGCUACUCUCAUUGUGAAUAACGAACCACUCAAACCGUCGCGGUCGCGGCGGAAGACGCAGGCGAAAUCGCGCAGAAAGACAAGACAUUAUUCUCCUUCGGACGAUGAGGUAUAUAGCUCACCUUCGGACGAUGCGAACGGGGAUGAGUCCCUGGACGAAUACGACAUGCCACGCAUCAAGCCCAACGAGAAGACGGGGAUUGUGUUCGACUUCUCGUCCGAAAGAGCCAAGCGCUGGGCGAGCGCGAUCAAUCUGCCUGGAGGCCUGUACAAUGGCGAGGAGCAGGACCUCUUCUUCCGGCUGGCUAUGCGCGGCUUCGAGCCUCUCGUUCCCAAAGACUGGCGACAUGACUUCCCGACGCUGCCUGAAUCGUUGUAUCCACCUACAUCUGGACCCUCUUUCAGACCUCUUUUCCAGGUUCGGAGGAGCUCGAAUCUGUAUGCUACCAAAGCCCUCGCCAAUCUCUUCAGUGUCGGAGGCCGCGUUCGGGACUGCGACAUCGUACGCAAAAGGCCCGAGAAACUGAUCAAGGACGCCAUCAAGAAGUACUUCCGCUGGGCGAUGUUCGACGCCGAUCUCCACACCACCGAAUCCAAAAUCCCCGUGCACGCGAUCUACGCCCAGAAGAAAGGCGAGACAACCCUCCAAGCCGUGCGGCGACUCAACCGCCGCCUACGGUUCCUGACUUCGCAAUACCAGAAGGCAUUCGGCCUUUCAGAGACCCAGACCUCCCGCCAUUUCCCCCUUCUGAUCGGCUUCAUCAUCUGUGGUCCAAUCGUCGCGAUUGUAACUCAUACCACGGAUCCCCAGGAGAUCGAGACCAGCUUCGACGGCAAGUUCAUCUCGCAGUUCGACUUGUCGGAGCGCGGCCAGGAUGUCUGGAAUUCGCUUGCCAUCGCGAUCGCGGUCAUGCAUGCGCGGAGGACGAUGAUCGGGCUGGCCGAGGAGGGCCUAGGCGGAUUCACUUUCUGUGAGACCGCGCAGCCGGCUUCUGAUCCUGAUCUUUAG